UCUGCUCUACGGCUAUUGUUCUUUAGGGUUGAUAGGAUGGCAAGAUUAAACAGGACCCAAAUAAGGAGAAGAAGAAAUGAAAUGGCAAUCAUGGCGUUAUCCGCCUUUGUUAGUUCGACAUUGGCUGUGUUUCGCCUCUACUUCUUCAUCACCUCCACAAAACGACGUCCAUGUCCACACUUGUCUCCUAAUCCAAACUUUUACCAGACCCAAGUAGAUAACCUCAAUAGGCUUGUGAGGGGUAAUGAAAGUGAUUGCUACGAUCAGUUGAGGGUGAAUAGACAUACGUUUAUGAGGUUGUGCUUUUUAGUCCGAGGUGUUGGAUUAGGGGAUUCACACUACGUAUGUCUUGAGGAGAGGGUUGCUAUUUUCUUGUGGAUCAUUUCACACCAUACAAAGCAGAGGCGUACGAAAUAUGAGUUUUGGAGAUCGGGUGAAACAGUAAGCAGGCAUUUCAAUGCCGUGCUUCAAGCCAUCUUGCGGCUUUACAACAUGCUCCUAGAAAAGCCCGAGCCUAUUCCUCCUAACUACCACGAUAGUAGAUGGAGUUGGUUUCAGAAUUGUCUUGGGGCUUUGGAUGGGACAUACGUGCCAGUUAAUCCCCCGGCAGUUGACAAGCCACGGUAUAGAUCAAGGAAGGGUGAGAUCUCUACUAAUGUCUUAGGUGUUUGUACUCGAGAUCAAAAGUUCUCCUAUGUAUUGUCUGGUUGGGAAGGCUCGGCCACAGACUCUAGAAUUCUUCACAAUGCCAUUACAAGACCCACUGGCUUGAAAGUCCCGCAUGGACAUUACUACCUUGUGAAUGGUGGCUACACAAAUGGGGAUGGUUUUCUAGCACCGUACCGUGGCCAACGGUAUCACAUUAACAUUUGGAGGCAAGGUGGCGUCCCAGCUACGAAAGAGGAGUACUUCAACAUGAAGCACUCCCAAGCUAGGAAUGUCAUUGAGAGAAGCUUUGGUGUUCUUAAGAUGCGAUUCGCACUAUUGAAAUGUGCCUCCUAUUACCCCAUAAGGACUCAAUGUCGUAUAGUGACAGCUUGUUGCCUUGUCCAUAACCUCAUUAAGAGAGAGAUGCCGAACGAUCCUAUUGAGGCCGAGUAUACGCAAUGGGAACAAGACAAUCUACAUAAUGUGGAGGUUGAUGACAACAUUGGUACCGUCGAAGCUUCCAAUGAAUGGACUGCGGGGAGGGAUGCAUUGGCUACCGCCAUGUUUAACAAUUGGUUAGGCAAUGGUGGGGGACUAGUGGAAAAUAUUUGAGACAUUUGUAUUAAUAAGUGUUUGAAGUAUUUGUAAUUGAACUUAGUAAUUGUUGUGUGGUAUGAUCUUGUAACUUUCAAUGUGUAACUUUCAAUGCUUUUGCAUUGCGACAUCCAGCUUUCCUAGUUAAUCGAAGUCAUUAUUCAAUGUCAUACUCCUUUUAUAUACCUUGUACUACUUGA